UUCCGUGGCGUAGGACGCAAACGUAACGUAAAGCGCAGCGAAGUACGGCAUUGCCCGAACCUGCCGCCCGGUGGCUAAGUACCGUUAGCUUGUCGAAUGUUACUCCUGCUGACGCGCACUACACUUCACGGCCAUACUCGCGAAGUCAGGUCGGUAGUGCAAAAUCCGGAAGCGCGUUUAUGGCAUCGUCCGCUAAUUACAAUUCCAAUAAUAAAAGACAAAAUCUCUGUCCUUUCUAGAUACUUUGACAGUUUUUUCCCGUCCGCCCGAAGUUCCGAAUAGAUCGUAAAGAGGGAGACGCGAGUGUCAGCCUUAGCUCGAACACAGUAUAGACGCUUAUUUGAAGAUUACACGAGAGAAAAUCUACACGCGCGUAAUUUAUACAUUUAUGUGCGUGUGACGUACAUAUACGUGCGUAUGUAUCUAUCUGCCUCACGGUGUGUGAUGUACACACAGAAAGUGUGUAUAUUCCAUAUGACGUGGUUUCACGAAGAGGAUCAUCGCGGUGUCCAGUGUGUUGGCGAGCUGGAAUGAGGUUCUUGUAGAAAUGAGAAAGUUGCUGCUACGCUAAGGAUUGAGAACGCCAGGUAUCCAGCCAGGCAGCAAGUUCAGCAAUCAACAAACCAACCAUUCAAGCAGUUAGAGUUACCUAGCUCUGAAGCUAUAAAACAAAGUGAACUGCUAUUGUGAAGUGGCCAGCUCGGCCAUUAAGCCAACUUAGGCGGAGGUUUCUAACCAAAGCCGGAGAAUAAGGCCUAUAUACCGUAGGUGGACACGCUUUGUACUUUUUCGAAUGGACUCACAUAGAGCAACUGAGUUCGUGCUAACUUCACUGUACGUUUAAUAAAACGGAUCAGUUUUCAGUGUUCAACUAGUCUGUACAGGGUGACAGUGUCUAGUAUUGGUUCAAGUAUUGCACUGCGACGAGGAUUUAAGUACAAGAUUGAUCCGGGGGUAAGAUGAAUUUCACCCCGUUCCCUGGCUUCACGACUGGCUCGCUACCUACGGGCACCGUGCACCAGUUCGCCACUGCAAAAUUUGCACAGAAUCUCACCACUGGCGGACAGGUUGUUGGUGUUCUGUCCGGUGGGGAGGGUGGUGUCCACUAUCUGAGGCCAGUUGAUCCAAAUGGCUUUGCCGUGGCCCAGGGUAGCAACAGUCAACAGCAGCAGAUCAUCACGUUGCCAAUCACUGUACCUGGCAAGGAUGGCACUCAGCAGCAGCAAACCGUCCAGAUCCAGGUGGUCAAUCCGAGUGUCACGCAGAGUGGAAAUAGCGGUGAUCAACCAAAGUACCACUUGGCACCAAUAUCCUUGGGACAAUUCCCACAGGGGGCUGCCACUGUACUCACUGUUGCCUACAGCCAACAGGGUCCUGACGGCGUUCAGAUCCAGGUUCAACCUCAGAACACAGUUGCCACGACGCAAACGUCCGACCAGACGACUCAGAGUACUUCGACAGCGGUGACGACCACGUCUCAACAGACGAUCCAGCAGACAGUUCAGCUACCUGGUGCUCCCGAAGGUCUUACGGUGGUCGCGCAGAUACCUCAAGAUCUCAUUCUUCGCGAGGGCAUGGAUGAAUCUAAGGAGGAUGUGAAGGAAGGUACCACUCCGGUAGCCCUGAUUAAAAGAGGCAGUGUCAAGAAUCAAGGGAAUCAGAGUAACGAGGAGUUUAUAACCUCGAUGCCGGCAAGUUGGCAGAGUCUUGCAACUCCUGGCAGCACUGUGGCCGACUACCUUUCUCGUUUACCUGCGAGUACUCUUCCGUUAAGUCUUCAUCACUUCCUGAAGUUCUCCGCGGAGACGAUAAAGCGGGAGGCCACUAUAGAGUCCAGUCCGUUGGGUGCUGAUGGUCUUGACGCGACCGGUAGUACUGCUUCUGGUGAACAAUCUGUGCAUAUAACGGUAGCCGGGGGCGAAACGGAAAUCAUACCCGACGCUGUGGAAGGUCAGGAACCAGGAACGAAGCCAAAGCGUAAGAAGAAAUAUAAGAAGAAGCCUCCUAAGCCGAAAAAGCCGAAGCCAGGACAGGUGAGCAUUGUGACAGCUUUAGAUGGGACCACCCUAUUCUGCUGUCCGCAGUGCAACAUGGCCUAUCCAGAGAAAGAACUCCUAGAGCAGCAUCUAAUUGGUCAUAAAAUCGAAAGGCGAUUCAUUUGCGAUAUUUGCGGUGCUGGUCUCAAACGCAAGGAACACCUGGAGAGACAUAAGCUAGGGCACAAUCCAGACCGACCUUUCAUAUGCUCCAUAUGUAUGAAGGGUUUCAAGCGGAAAGAGCAUCUCAACCUCCACUUUGUCAUUCACUCUGGUGAGAAGACUGAGGUAUGUACCGAGUGUGGCAAGGCUUUUUACAGAAAGGAUCAUCUACGGAAGCACGCGAGGUCUCAUCUUGCGAAACGUGCUAAGGAAGAUCCUCUGGGUACGUCAGAUAAUUCGCAAAAUCAGCAGCAGCAACAACAGCAACAGCAGCAGCAACAACAACAGCAGGCACCGGAUCAGCAACAGCAGCAACAACAGCAGCAACAAAAUUCCGUCUCAGAUCUUCAGCAAUCCUCGGUAUCGGAAUUGCAACAGAUUCAGAUUCAGGUGGGGCAGGGCUCCCAAGCACAGAUUCACCAGAUAGCUGUGAGCGAACAGUCCACCGUUGUGCUACCUACCGCCGCGGAAACGGGGGCUAUGGCGAUGAUGCAUCAUCAGCAACAACAACAGCAACAGCAUUACACUGCUGUAAAACGGUCUGCAAUGAAUUUCCCGCCGUUUGGAGGCCACUUUCCUGGUACUAUACCAAGUAUCCACCAGUUUGCAACUGACGGUUCUGGCGGUGCCGGGGCACGCUACGCUAAUCAUUUUCCCAACCAGCCUCCUAUUGGAGUGCCGGUUGUGGGAAAAUAUCGUCCUGAGACCAACGGUGUGCAAACUCCUCAGUCCCAAGUGAUGAUGAACAACAAGACUACCUAUCCGAACAGCAACGUUCAUCAUUAUCCAAAUGUACCAUAUUCUCAAGCACAAUCUGUUCAGCAGAGACCUUCCAAUUCUCCUGGAAUGCAAGAAAAGCGCACCUAUCACCAGGCUACGGAAACAAUAAAUCAACAAGAUGUUUGCAACCUCCUUCAGGAAAAAGAUAAAUCCAAAGACAAGAAGUCGGAGGAUCAACAAAGGAACGGUGAAGCAGCCAGUAACGGUGGUCAGCAGGAGUACACGAUGCAUCAACAUCAUCAACAGCAUGCGCAUACCCAGACCCCGGCCAGUAUGCCAGCAACCUGGCAAUCCUUGGCAACACCAGGAUCUACUGUCGCAGACUACCUCAGCCAUUUACCAGCCAGUACUCUACCAUUGAGUCUUCAUCAUUUCCUCAAGUAUUCAGCAGAAAGCAUUAAGAAAGAGACAGAGAUGGCACAAACAACCUCAGUGGCAGUGGCUACAACAACUACUCCAAAUAUAAUGAUGUCUCCUACGAACAAAAAAAAGAAGAAGAAGAAAGCUCCGAAGGAGAAGAAACCCAGGCCAAAACCUGGUGAAAUACGUUUAACCACAGCCUUGGACGGUUCAACUUUAUAUUGUUGUCCCGAGUGCCACAUGGCGUACCCCGAGCGUGAGCUCCUGGAACAGCAUCUCCUUGGCCAUACAUUGGAACGAAGAUUUGUCUGCGACAUUUGUGGUGCCGGUCUCAAAAGAAAAGACCACCUUACCCGUCACAAACAGAGUCACAAUCCUGAACGACCUUAUGUCUGCACUGUGUGCUUAAAGGCCUUCAAAAGAAAGGAACAGCUGACUCUGCACUUCGUCAUUCAUUCCGGGGAGAAGAGACACGUGUGUACAGAAUGUGGCAAAGGAUUUUACCGUAAAGACCAUCUUCGGAAGCACACGAGGAGCCACAUCGCCAGGAGAGUCAAGGCUGAGCUCAGCCAGAAUGCCGGUACACAGCAAUCCCAGCAGCAGAACAAUACCUCGAGUAUGCAAACGACGACGGUUACGACGGCGUCCGUUCUUCCUGGUGGACAUCCGGGUCCUCUUCUAUCCUGAGCCCCGCCACCAGGGAACUUUCAAGUUCCCCAUCCGAACAACAUAAUUCAUCCUCAUCCACCUCAUCACACGCUUCAUCAUCAUCAUUUGACGGCUGUUAAUGUGGCAGCGCAUCAAUCUAGCGUGGCAACACUUGCUACACCAAGUCACUACCAGGCGGCAGCGGCGGCGGCGGCGGCCCACGAGCUCAGCUUCCUAGGCCACGUCAAAGAUUUCUGAGAGCAGGCAAACGCUUCGGCCAAGAGGUAGCGUCAUCCUAGCAUAAUAACGCUUGCGGACAUUUUUUCUCAUUUUCUGACCACCUCGUGACCUUUUGUCUCAAAGGGUACGCUCUGGGGUACGUUCAGAAACCUGUCAGGAGUGGACUCUAGUGUCAUUCUAUCCUCUGCAUAAUAACGAUAAUAAAAAGAGACGCAACGUGCCCGAGUUUUCCUGAGUAAGAUUUCUGAACGUAUUUCUGUACAACUAGAUUGUUCAACACUCUAUUGAUAACGUACUAUUUUCUGUGCGUAUCCAUGCUUCAGAGAAAGCACCCAUGAUCCUUUAGCAGUGACAACAGGGGACGAGGUCACAUGGUCAAUUUUGAGACAACGAGUCUAUUAACCCUUUCAUUUCUAAGUUAUUAAAAAGACAAAAAAAACAAAGGUACUUAUCGAUCCAACUGAGAAACCUAUCGGUACAUUUGAAACGCAGAGAUAAAAUUGUGCUUUCUCUUUUUCCAACCACUUGACCUGAAAGGGUUAAUCCCUAUCUAGUAUUUCGCAUCUUAAUGUUAUUAGUACUCGUGGAGAACAUUUUGUGCGGGAUACUAGGUACCAGCAGAGCAAGAAAAAAUUAAAUUAAGUAUAAAUGACGCCAUUCCGUUAACAAGCAAAAGCCGAAGCCUGAAAAUGUACGAGUGUCGUUAGUAAAGCGCACGAUGAUAAAAGAAAAAGAGAGAGACAGAUAUGGAGAAUGCACUUUUUCUUUUCGAAAUAAUACCGUUUACCUCGUUUUACAAGAACAACAAAAUGUAAUAACCUUUCAAUCGCCGUACACAAACACUUCUUUUAAUAUACCCAAGCAUACCAAUGUAAUUUUAUUUCGAACAACGGACAUAAGAACAGCUGAUUAUAUGUAAAUUGGUACGAGUGUCGUUUCGAAGGAAGAACACGAUAACAAAGUGAAUGAAAAUGGCCGCUUUUCUCCGAUCGUGCCGACGGUAUAAUAAUGAAGAAGGAAAGAAAAACCAAAAUUUUCUCCUUAGAGACUUAGUUUUAAGAGCCUUUUGACGCAGAGAGUUUUGCCAUAACGCGCGUGAGAGACAAAGCAUAUUUUUAUGGUAGCUCUAUACAUAUAAUAUACAUAAACAUAAAUAUAUAGUAUAGUAUAUAUGACAAGUAAAUAAGUUCGUAAGCGAAUGGGAAAUACGAAUGGUAUGGUAAUAGGUCCGAAAAUUAAUAUAGUACGUCUAGUAAUGAUCUCCGCUAGUAUUUCCUCGUGAUUUUUUCUAGCGCUUGGUACCUGCUACCGUACCAUUGUCUAAACACGUAAUUCCAAACUCGUCAUUCGGGGUCGAAGAGAGUGAAACAGAGAUACAGAAAAAAAAAAAAAACUUUUUGGACGCGCGAACGUCGCGCGACAAAACCGCCUUCUCGUUUUUUCAAGAGCGCCCGCCCGGUUCUUUUUUUUCUUUAAUCUCGAGCGUGCAACAGUCCAAUGUGAAAUUCGUAAAAAGAAAAUUGGAAAAUACAUUAAAAUUAAAUAUGUGGCAAUAUAUAUAUAUUUAAAAGAAGAUAUAUAUUAUAAUGUACUAUAUUCGAAAGAAUUGUCAAGGAAUUUUAUUAUUAUUAUUUCUUUUUUUUUUUCAUUUUAAUCGCUUGACUCUUAUACUCGAUAGACCCCACCGUAAACUUAUUUAACGACGAUACACUCGUUGAAAAAAGUAUUGUUCAUUUUAAUUUGCGCUUCUUUUUUCGUUUUUUCGAAAAAAAGAAAAUAAUUUUGUACAUGACUUUUAAAACUUUCGAGGUACGUCGCCUCGAAUUAUAUAUAUGUGUGUGCGAGCAAGGGAUACUUUGGGGAUACGAAAAAUUAAGGGUGCGUUCACAAUAGCAAGCUAAUGUUUUUUUUUUAAACUACUACCUUAGGACAUCACAGCUUUGAAAUUCUAAUCUAACGAAAUAUUUCUAAACCCUUUAUGCUCCUGAAAACAGUCAUUACGCUGAAAAUUCUUUGAGGACGGUCCCCAAAACAGCCACUUGUUCUCAAAAUAGCGACUUCUUAAUUAAAAUCGUCCCCAAAGUAUCCCCCAGCAACAAAUAUAGGAAUACGCAUAUAUACAGGGUGUACUACUAUAAUAUAUCGUUUUUUUAAAUUUAAUUAUACCACUCACUAUCCGAAAGAAUU